AUGGCUGCUUCUUCUCACCAGCAAGGCAAUGGUCAUUUAAAGUAUAUAAGCGACUCACCUUAUUUCUUCAAAAUAAUUCUCCAAGACAAUAUCCAAAAUGGAAAACUUGGAAUUCCCAAAAAGUUUGUGAAAAACCAUGGAAAUGGCAUGUCAAGCCCAGCAAUGUUCAGUGUCCCAUCUGGUGAAGUAUGGAAGGUGGAACUUACAAAAUGUGAUGGCAAAAUAUGGUGUGAAAAUGGCUGGCUAGAAUUUUCAAAUCAUUACUCUUUGUACAUUGGACAUCUUUUGGUUUUUAGAUAUGAUGGGAAUAGCAAUUUUCAUGUAAUCAUCUUUGAUAGAACUGCUACAGAGAUACAAUAUCCCUACACCAGCAACUAUCACAGGCAGUCCAAUGUAAUUUUGGAGCAGAAUAUCGACCAAUCCAGGAAACCGGGAGAGGAAUCGCAAUUGCCUCGCCCUCGCCCUCGCCCUCAGUCUCAUAAGAUGGUGAGAAGUACUAAAUCAGCAAUGGAAACCGAAACCGAAGCCGAGUGCAAUGGGAAGCCUGAUUUUCCUGCUAGAAAUGGUGAUACAAGCACGAACCAUAACACAGUUCGACGAUUGAAUACAUGUGAAAAGGUUAAGGCUCUCGAGAGAGCUCGUAAUACUUUCAAAUCUGAGAAUCCGUUUUUCUUGGUUGUCAUUCAACCAGAUUAUGUCGGUCUUAGUCUCGGUAAAAGAUAUAGAUUGGCCAUACCAGCUGACUUUGUAAGGGAAAAUUUGAUGAAAGAGCACUGUUCUAUAACUCUUUGUCACUCAAGUGGGAAAACUUGGAUGGUUACCUUCAAGCAACAAAAAGGGCAAAAGCUAUAUUCAUUCUUACAAACUGGUUGGGUUACUUUUGUACGGGAUAACAAUAUCCAAGUCGGUGAUGUUUGUGCCUUUGAGGCUUUUUUAUAA